UCUCCGAUCCUCUCUCCUCCCCACUUUGCUCCCUUCUCACUUCAACAAAAUUUAGAGAGAGAAAUAAGAUCAAGGAGAGAGAGAGAUGAAGGCACCAUCUUCCAAACUCAUUCCCUCCUUCUUCUUCUUCCUCCUCCAGCUAUAUAGUUCUCAGUUCUUGAAAGUAAACUCUCAAUCCACAGAUUCCUGCAACUCCAAUCUCCUCCUCAAAACUCAACUCCCAUUUGAACCCACUUCCUUCCACUGCCUUCCUGUCUGGGAUACCCAUGGCUUCAUCCUCCGAUAUAUGCAGACAGAUACGAAUGUAUGGAGCUUCGUGUUGUCAGCGCCAAACCAGAAUGGGUACGUGGGGAUCGGAUUUUCCGCGAACGGGAAGAUGGUGGGGUCCAGUGCGAUAGUGGGGUGGGUGGGUAGUGAUGGGGCCCCCACGAUGAAGAAGUAUUUUCUGGGUGGGCAAUCUCCUCAGGAAGUGCAGCCUGAUCAAGGGAGCCUGCAAUUAGUGAGCUUAAAUUCCUCCAUUGUUGCCGAGAAUUCAAGAAUCUAUAUCGCCUUCCAGCUCACCACCGAUAUGCCGUCCAACCGCCUCAUCUACUCCGUCGGACCCGCCGGAAUGUUGCCGUCUUCCUCCACCUUCCGGUUGACCCAACACCAGGACCAAAUCUCUACCCUUUUGGAUUAUACCACAGGUGAAAGUGAAACAAAAACCUUGUAUGCGACACUAAGGAGGACCCACGGGUUGUUGAACUUGUUUGGUUGGGGAAUUUUGGUGCCGAUUGGGAUGAUAGUCGCUCGCUACUUUAGGCAAUGGGAUCCAGUAUGGUUUUACUCUCACACCGUUGUCCAAACGAUAGCAUUUAUCUUAGGAUUCGCAGGUGUGAUAUGCGGUUUGGUACUGGAAAACCGCCUUGGCACGGAUGUCGAUACGCACAAAGGCCUCGGGAUCUUCAUUCUCUCGCUUGGUUGCUUACAGGUGAUUGCACUUUUGGUUCGACCCAAUAAGGAAGCCAAAGUGAGGAAGUAUUGGAAUUGGUAUCAUCACAAUGUGGGAAGGAUUUUGGUGAUUAUUGCAAUUGCAAACAUAUUUUAUGGAAUCCACUUGGGGGAUGCAGGGACUGCCUGGAAUGCUGGUUUUGCUAUUGCCCUUGUUGUACUGUUCUUCAUUGCUGCUAUCCUUGAGCUUAGGCUGUGGACUGCAAAAGACUAGUUCUUUUGUAUAAUCUUUAUUUCUUCUUCUUUUUUAAUUAUUAUUAUUAUUUGUAA